UGUUGUAAUAUGCCUAUGACUUGCGAAUGUAAUGCUCAGCUAAUUUAAAUAAACCAGACUUGAUGACGUAUGCAGCCUGUAUAUGCGACCUCCGCAGGCUGCAGCCUUCGGAUGGAGAAACGGCCAUCAGGGAGACUUUAGGGGGAGUGUGUGAAGUUUGGGGAAGAUCUCUCGUUCCUUUAACUGCUGACGCGGAUGGGACCGCCGACCAUCGACAUCCAGCCAUGUUUUCUUGGAUUAUAACUAUCUGGACUAUUCUCUCAGUAGUACAAUGUUACUUUACGGAGGAAAAUUACACCGAGGAGUCACAGAUGCAGCCGCCUACGGUCGUUAUAGCAAUAAUCGCCCGAAACGCCGCUCAUUCUUUACCGCAUUACCUCGGAGCUCUCGAGAGAUUAAACUAUCCCAAAGAGCGCAUAUCUAUUUGGGCAGCGACAGACCACAACAUUGACAACACUACAGCAGUCCUGCGAGAAUGGCUCACGGUCAUGCAGACGCAAUAUCACUAUGUGGAAUGGAGACCUAAAGAUAAACCAGCGUCCUAUGCUGGUGAGCUGGGACCCAAACACUGGACUAAUGGCCGCUAUGAGUACAUUAUGAAGCUCAAACAGGGAGCGCUGGACUUUGCAAAAAAACGCUGGGCUGACUACAUUCUGUAUUCAGACACAGAUAACAUCCUGACCAACCCUGACACACUUCACCUCCUGAUGGCUGAGAAUAAAUCCGUUAUUGCUCCCAUGCUGGAUUCCCAGUCAGCGUAUUCAAACUAUUGGUGCGGCAUCACUCCACAGGGCUACUACCGUCGUACCGCUGAAUAUUUCCCCACUAAGCAGCGUCAGAGGGUGGGCUGUUACCCUGUGCCGAUGGUCCACUCCACUAUCCUGCUGGAUCUGCGGAAAGAAGGCACCAGAAAAUUGGCUUUUCACCCACCUCAUGUAGACUACUCCUGGCCAUUUGACGACAUCAUCGUCUUUGCCUUCUCAUGCAGAAUGGCUGAGGUUCAGAUGUAUCUAUGUAACAAGGAGCGGUAUGGAUACUUGAAUGUACCUGCAAAGCCCCAUCAGACGGUGGAGGAUGAUCGAAUCAAUUUUGUCCAUCUGUACCUGGAAUCUUUGAUCCAUGGGCCGCCCAUGUACAUCUCUCAGCAUGUCCAUGUUCCACCCAAAAAGUUAGAACUUAUGGGCUUUAAUGAGAUUUACUUGAUUAACCUCCGCCGGCGUCCAGACAGAAGGGAUAGGAUGCUGUGGUCACUGUAUGAGCUUGAGAUCGAUGCUAAAGUAGUGGAUGCUGUAGAUGGGGCAGCUCUGAACAGCAGUGAUAUUAAGAUACUAGGUGUUGAUCUUUUACCUGGUUACUAUGAUCCUUUUUCUGGCCGAACACUGACCAAAGGAGAAGUCGGCUGCUUCCUGAGUCAUUACUACAUUUGGAAAGAGAUGGUAGACAUGCAGCUAGACAAGGCUCUGAUCUUUGAGGAUGACGUGCGUUUCCAAGCCAACUUCAAACGACGUCUGAUGCGAAUUAUGGAGGAGGUGGAGCAAGUGGAGUUGGACUGGGACAUCAUAUACCUGGGCAGAAAACAGGUGAACCCUGGGGACGAAGUUGCAGUGGAGAAUGUGAAGAACCUGGUGUAUGCUGAUUUCUCCUAUUGGACGUUGUCUUAUGCCAUCAGCUUACAGGGAGCUCAGAAGCUUCUCAAUGCUGAACCGCUAUCCAAGAUGCUUCCAUUGGAUGAGUUUCUUCCCAUCAUGUAUGACAAGCAUUCCAAUGAAGACUACAAAUCCCAGUUUCCCAAUCGGAAUCUGAUGGCGUAUUCCACACACCCUCUUCUGGUGCAACCCUGCCAUUACGCCGGAGACCCAGAGUGGUUGAGCGACACAGAGACAUCCACGCUGUGGGAUGACGACAACGUACGUACGGACUGGCGUGGAACGCAUAAAACUCUUAAGGGCUUCCAGCCACCCGCCGGUGUGCAGAGCUCAAACUACAAGGAUGAGUUGUGAAGUACAGCGAGCGAAGAGACAGAAUUGACAGAGGAGCUCUUUGUAAGGGCUAAUGUCACUCAAUAUGCAGGAUUCUGAGUUAUGGAAAACCUGGAAAAUAUGAGGACAUUUUAUAUUUAGGAUUUCCAGGUCUGGAAAAGUCAAGUGGCAAUGGAAAUUUUUGAGAACUAUUUUUUUUUUUUGGUAACUCUCUACAAUAAGUUUAACAUGUACACAUUAAGUGUCCACUAGCAUAUCAAGAAUUUUCAGCCUUAAAAAAUUUAAAACAUUCUGCUUAUUAAUUAUGGUUAAUAAUUUCUAAAAUGCUAAUGUAAUGUUGUUGACAAAUGCUAAUGUAUACAACUUUAUUGUAAAGUGUUACCAUUUUUUUCCUAGCCAAAAAUUGUACUAGCUUACAAAUUUUAAAGGAAAACAAAGUAUUAUUUUUAAUCUAGAAAACCAAAUCCUCUAGGGCCCUUUUAAAUGUCAGUGUUUGUUUGUUUUUGUGUUGUUUUUUUAGACAUAUUUGCACAGUAAAAAUUCAUGUGACCCUGCCUGUGAAAUAAUCUAAUUUUGAGAUUAGAGAAAUCAAGUGUAAAUCAUCAAAAACAUUUUUUUUUCAAUAAAUCACAGAAAAAUGACACUUGCUGGGUUUUUACAGGCAGAGUAACAAUUGUUUAUUAACUGAAUUUAUUUGAAUUUUUAUUGAAUUUAUUAACUCCAACAAGGACAUGACACAAACAUUUUUUGUGGAUAUCCACUACAGCCACCAUUGUUUAAUGAUUAAAAAAAAUCACCCAAUAAUCAUGAACAGUUUUUAUUGGUCAACAUCAAUGGGAGAGAAACAGGGUGACCUGGGAUCAGUCUUCACAAAAAGAGUUUUACUCUACUUUUAUCAGUCUUUUAAAGAGCAGUCAUCUGCGAUGGAUACUGGUUGACUUAAAUUUAACUAUGAAUGUAAUAUGUAUUUGAUGGGAGGGUAUUUGUCAAUCUUUUGGAAUGAUCUCAACUAAAAUGUGCUUUUUUAUUGGGCUGUUUUUCUCUUUUUUUGCCAUUUAAAUUAGUUUUUUUAUUUAGCAGUUUUUUUUCACUGAAAUGACUGUCAUGCUCAGACAAUCAAACAAUCAGAGCUUGUUUUAUAUAUGCAAUGUUGUGUGGCUGAUGUUAUUGGGGCUUUUUUGUUGAUCAUGUUAAAAAUCUCUGUUCCUGUUAUAAUAAUAUGUUUCUUAUUUAUUCGUCUUCCACGUCUCAUUCUUCAUCUGUGCCCCUUUAAAGUAAACAGCAACUGACCUGACAUUUGGUGUAUGUAUAAUUUUGUUGGAAUGUUUUUUUAUUAAAGGGAAUGUUUGAAAGUUA